AUGUCACCACGGGAGACGCGCAUCUCGUCUGUCCGACGAUUGAACAGAGAAGGCCCGGGAGACCGAUCGCUCGCACAGUGGUGGGCUGACGAAUGCAGCCGCAAGACUCCCGAAGCGUCAGCGAUCGAAGAGGCGGCGCAGCUCCUCCAGACGAGUGAUAUCCCUGUUGCGUUUCCGACCGAGACGGUGUACGGGCUGGGUGCAGAUGCCACACGGAGCGCUGCGGUACAGGGUAUCUACAAGGCCAAGCAACGGCCGUCAGACAACCCGUUGAUCGUCCAUGUGGAUUCGCUGGAGAUGCUGGAGCGCUUGCUCAACCCUGCGCCGAUGAGUCCUACGCGCGCAAUGAAAACUGCGAGGCACUCGAUCCCCGCCAUCUACCGACCGUUGAUCGAGCGCUUCUGGCCUGGUCCGUUGACGAUCCUUCUGCCGAAUCCGUCCGGAUCGCUGCUCGCCGACGAAGUUACUGCGAAUCUGACGACGUUUGGAGUCCGGGUGCCUGCGUCGCCGUUGGCGCGCUUGUUGAUCCAUGUUGCGGAUAGGCCACUGGCUGCUCCUUCGGCUAAUGCGUCUACGAAGCCUUCCCCGACUGCAGCGGAGCACGUCUACCACGACCUUCAAGGCCGAAUCGAGCUGAUACUUGAUGGCGGAUUAUGCGGGGUGGGGGUGGAGAGCACUGUCGUCGAUGGGCUGAGUAACCCUCCUGCCGUGCUCAGACCCGGGGGAGUAGGAAUUGAAGAGAUACGGGCGGUUCCUGGAUGGGAGAAUGUGCAGGUUGCGUACCAAGACGGCACGCUCGAUGUCAAGGAAAUCCCUCGAGCGCCCGGGAUGAAGUAUCGUCAUUAUUCACCCAAGGCGCGAGUGGUGUUAUUCGAUGCGGGCUCUCACGAGGAAUAUGUUGCGAAAUACAUCCUUAAGGAUCUGGAAGAUACAGCUGUUGGAGUGCACAUGAUCGGUGUUGUACGAACGCGGCAAUGGAAGCGAGGCCUGGGUUUGGUCUCGGAAGAGAACAUCCAGAAGACCCUGAAACCUAUCCCGUCCCUGGCAAAUGACCUGGUGGGCUUUUCAGUACCUGUGAAGGACAGAGUGAAGAACCGUGAGAUCACCAAAGAGGCAUUUGACUGCUGCCUCGGUGACAGCAUGGAAUCCAUUGCCCGUGGGCUUUUCUCGGCCUUGCGGGCUAUGGAUGAGAUGGAAGUGGAUGUUAUUUACGUUGAGGGUGUCUCGGAUUCACAGGGCGACCUGGCUGCCGCCGUCAUGAACCGGCUCAGAAAAGCUGCUGGGACUGAACUCACAGUAUAA